CAAAUUUGAAGUCAACUUCGCUCACUAUAGAUUUGACACCAACAAAAUUCAAUAUAAUUUUUUUCGUAACCUCCUAAAUUUCUAGUUUUUUAAAUAAAAAUUUCCAGUUGAAAACUGACAAUGCCACCAAAGAAUCAACCUAAGGUAUCCAAAAAACCAAAUAAGUCAAAGCCAGAAGAAUCAAAAACUUCGAAAAAAUCCGGAGGAAUUUGUUCAUUUCAAGGUCCUGGCCCGAGGUAUAAACUGAAACCGCUAGUUGGAUAUAAGGACCACUGUUUCUCAAAAUAUCGUAACCCAGCUUUUACAAUUCUCGGACAAAGCUUGAUAAAAAAUAUCGGGGGUGAUGGGCCCGGCCCGAAAUAUCAGCUAAAGUUUCCACCAGCACGAGGGUUCACUCUGGGAAUGCUACUCAAAGGAAAAAAAUACGAGUGCACUCCUGGUCCUUAUGGCAUACCUCCGUACUCCCCGAGACCGGCUUUUUCAAUGAAAUGGCGAACAAAACCUCGAGGGGGAUUAGUCUCUGCUGGACCCUACUACAUUCCGAGGGACCUCAAUGGUCCUGCCUUUACUAUGGGCGUCCGCCUUCCCUCUGGCCGAAAGGACUGUAGCCCAGGACCAGGACUGAUAAAAUUGGGCCUGGUGAAACCGCGUGCUCCAGCCUUCAGCCUAUGCGACCGACCUGCUGACAGAAUAAAAUGUGUCAGCCCUGGACCCUACGGUGUCCCCAAGUUAGAUAAAGCCCCUGCAUUUUCAUUUGGAGUUAAACAUAGUCCUUGUGCUCCACCCUUAAUCACGGAAUGCGAUCGAGUCUGCUAACAUUAACUAUUUCGACAGAUCAUCAGAUCAAUUAUGUUCUCAGGUUUGAUAACUGAAUUAUUACCUUGAAUUGUAGCCUCAGCGAAAUUAUCUAUGUGUUUACUUGCCAGAUUAUAUCUUAUUAAGAAAAUGCAGUCA